AUGUCCGCACAUCUGAGAGCUCGGUUUGACCAUGCGAAGAAGGAGGGCAGGCCCGCUUUCGUUACUUUCACUACCGCCGGCCACCCCUCGCCAAACGAGACCGUCGAGAUCAUGAAGGGUCUCCAGGCUGGUGGUGCGGAUGUCAUUGAGCUCGGUAUUCCAUUCACAGAUCCCUUGGCCGAUGGUGUUGUCAUUCAGAAGGCCAAUGCGAUUGCGCUCAAGCAAGGCAUGAACUUGCCCAAGACUCUUGACAUUGUUCGCCAGGCGCGUAAGGAGGGUGUGCAUGUUCCGGUCAUUCUUAUGGGUUACUACAACCCUCUGUUGAUGUACGGAGAGGAGAGAAUUGUCAGGGAUGCUAAGGAGGCUGGCGCAAACGGAUUCAUCGUGGUUGAUCUGCCACCAGAGGAGGCCAUCAAGUUCCGUGGUUUCUGUACAAAGGACGGAUUGUCUUACGUUCCUCUGAUUGCCCCUUCAACUUCCGAGAACCGUAUCAAGAUCCUGGCGCCUAUCGCCGAUUCUUUCAUCUAUGUCGUCUCCAAGAUGGGUACUACUGGUGCUUCUGGUACCGUCAACGCUGCUCUCCCUGAGUUGUUAGAGCGCAUCCGUCAAUACUCCAAGGACACCCCCUUGGCUGUCGGUUUCGGUGUUUCCACCCGCGAGCACUUCUUGUCCGUCGGAGCGGUCGCUGAUGGUGUCGUUAUUGGAUCCAAGAUUAUUCAGGUCAUCGAGGAGGCGCCGGAGGGUCAGAGGGGUGAGGUUGUGAGGAAGUAUUGUAAUGAGAUCACCGGUGGACGUAUGUCAGACAAGUUGACUAGGGAGGUCGGUAUCGUCGAGUCUAUCGACAAGUCUAUGAACAAGAAGGAGGCACACCCUGAUGAGGUUAUCCAGGCUCAUGAGGGUACGGAGGGUGUGAACGGGCUCGCUGACCAGAUGGAUGCCCUUGCGCAAGCACAGAACGGUGAGAUCAAGGACGACACCCUCAUUCCCUCCCGUUUCGGAGAGUUCGGUGGUCAAUACGUUCCCGAGGCCUUGGUUGACUGUCUUGCCGAGCUCGAGCAGGAAUUUAUCAAGGCCAACAACGACCCUGCUUUCUGGGAGGAGUUCCGCUCGUACUACCCCUACAUGGGUCGUCCCGGUCACCUCCAGUUCGCUGAUCGCCUGACGGAGUACGUCGGUGGUGCCAAGAUCUGGUUGAAGCGUGAGGACUUGAACCACACCGGUUCCCACAAGAUUAACAACGCUCUCGGUCAGGUUCUCUUGGCCAAGCGUAUCGGAAAGAAGGAGGUUAUUGCUGAGACUGGUGCUGGUCAGCACGGUGUUGCUACUGCUACCGUUUGUGCCAAGUUCGGCUUGAAGUGUACCGUCUACAUGGGUGCUGAGGAUGUCCGAAGACAGGCGUUGAACGUCUUCAGGAUGAAGUUGUUGGGUGCCAAGGUCGUGGCUGUCGAGUCUGGUACCCAGACUCUCCGUGAUGCCGUUAACGAGGCUAUGCGUGCUUGGGUCACCAAUCUCUCUACCACCCACUACAUUCUCGGAUCCGCCAUCGGUCCUCAUCCCUUCCCUACCAUCGUCCGUACCUUCCAGUCUGUCAUCGGUGAGGAGACCAAGGAGCAGAUGCAAAAGCUCCGCGGCAAGCUCCCUGAUGCCGUCGUCGCCUGUGUUGGUGGUGGCUCCAACUCCGUCGGUAUGUUCUAUCCCUUCGCCAACGACACCUCCGUCAAGCUCCUUGGUGUUGAGGCCGGUGGUGAUGGUGUUGAGACGCUCCGUCACUCUGCCACUUUGACCGGUGGUAAGAAGGGUGUCCUCCACGGUGUCCGUACAUACAUUCUGCAGGACGACCAAGGUCAGAUCAUGGACACGCACUCCGUCUCCGCUGGUCUCGACUACCCCGGUGUCGGCCCCGAACUCGCAAACUGGAAGGACACUAACCGUGCCGAGUUCAUCGCCGCCACCGACGCCAACGCCUUCGAGGGUUUCAGGAUUCUCUCCCAGACUGAGGGGAUUAUCCCUGCUCUUGAAUCCUCACACGCUGUGUACGGAGCGAUUCAGUUGGCGAAGACGAUGAAGCCUGAUGAGGAUAUUGUUAUUUGUUUGUCGGGACGUGGUGAUAAGGAUGUGCAGAGUGUUGCGGAGGAGUUGCCGAGGUUAGGUCCUCAGAUUGGAUGGGAUUUGAGGUUUUAA